AAAAUACCACAUAUCUUGGCUGUACAAUGUGUGUGUAUACAAAAGUAUUUUGCAUUAUGAUUAUAGAUCAAUCAAGAAAAAUGCAAGACUCUGAGAAAGGGGGACUCUCUGCUAAAGGACUGAGGAAGAAGUUAUAUCGUAGUUUGAGAGAACGUGGCCAUAUUGAUUCUAUGAAGAGUCAACUUCGGGAGAAAAUUGUAAAUGAGUUAUCACUUGGCUCCCUAACAGGGACUCCAAGUUCCAUCCCUCGUGUUCCGGAGGAAAGUUCUUUGUUGCUACGGGCGGCAAACAGUCUGGUUGUUGACCAUCUCGGAAAAUGUGGAUAUGAUUACUCACUCAGUGUCUUCAAGCCAGAGAGCGGGUGCGAUCAUGAAAAGGUUUUCACCACGAGAGAUUUGCUUCAGCUGUUGAACAUCAGCCCUCAGUCUAAGCUUUACAAAACUCUGAUACAGAAUAUUCCAAGUUAUCAGAAGAAAGGGUUUCUAUGGCAACUGUUGUGUGAGAUUUCCAGUUACCACAGCAACUCAACACAGAAUGAAGCCAUUCAGACAGAACCCAUUCACUUAGGACCCAUUAGCUCAUUAGAUAAAAAACUGCAGCAAGUUGAAUCUGCAUAUGAGUCUGAGGGGGACCUUGCUUAUAGAGGCAAAUCUCGGACAGCUGAAGAGAGGAUACUGUCUUACCAACGUCAACUUGAGGAGAGGUCUCGGAAUGAACGCAAAGUAGAGUUUGAGAGGUUCAGAGACACAGAGCUUGCUAGAAUGAGGCUAGAGGAGCAGAACAAUUGUAGGAAACAAAUAGAUGCAGCAAGGAGGGAGAUGGAACAACUGUAUCAAAACAAAUCAGAUGGACUUCUUGAGCGUGAGAGACACGCUAUAGAGAGACUUCAAAGGCAACAGGAGAUUUCUGAGCGGGAAACUUUUAAUCAACGACAGUCGAUUCUCGAAGAAAUCCAAUUGGUCCGCCAAAGAGAAGCUGAUUUAAAACGUCAAGGAGAAAUAAAUGCAAGGGAGAAGAGACUUCAGGAAGAGAAACUUGAAAGUCUCCAAAAUACGCUUCGAGAGAGAGAAAAAGCUGUAACCAGACUAGAAUUAGACUUUGAUAACAAGCUUGAAGACCAGAUAAACAGGUACAAGAUUCAAGAACAAAGCCGUCUGCUUGAAAAACAGCGCCAUCUGGAGGCACAAGAGGCUCGACUUACUGAGGAAACUAGGAGUCUUGCAAAUGAAAGACUCUCCAUAGAAAAUACAACUAAAGAGCUACAAGAAAAGAGGAUCCAAGUCAAAGAAUUUGAGUCCCAGUUGCAACAGAUGAGACAAGAGACUAUAACUAUGCAGAGCCAGAAAGAUGUACUUAAUGACAAAGUUAGACAGAUGCUUGAUUACCCAAACCUAAGAUCUGAGAAUGCCGUCCUAAAAAAUGAGAUCGAGGCUACGAAAAUGAGGCUUGCCGAGUCCAAAUACGAAGUCGAACAAGAGAGGAAAAAACAUGAAGAUUUGUUGCGAGAAACGAGAGAGAGGCUAAGCAUGCCAUCACCAGAGACAGUUUUAUUGCAAAGAGAGCUGGAUCGUGCACGUGAUCAUGUUAAACAGGAAAAAGCUGUCGCUGAACAUCAAGUACAGGAAAUUCAGCGCCAGUUAAAGGAAGAGCUUGAGAGGAACAAAGAUCUGAUGUCCAAGUAUGAAGAACAGAGUUUACAGAAAAAAGAGAUGACAAGAGAACUAGAGGAUCUGAGACACCAGCUACUACAGACACAACAGGCUUUGAACAAUGAAAUAUACAGGAAUCCUAAACCAUCAACAGCCCAAAGGUCCAGAGUAAGAUUUGAUCAAGAUGAAGUUCCAGUACAUGACACAACACAGCAUCCUACAGAUCUAUAUUUUGACACAUCACUCAGAAAAACAUUAGUUGAGCCGGGACUACUUUUAGAAAUGGACCUCGAUUCCUACAACUUGGAUAAUAGUGCGCCACCUUUUGUCCAAUCACAGCAUGUACUGGAUGACUUUGAUAGAAUUCUGGGACCAAUCAAUGGCUCAGGGGGUCACUCCAGGCACUUCUCCACCCAAGACCCCCAAGACUCUAAUGAUGUGUCGAAGGAUGUUGUUCAGGAGACACGAGAGAGAUUGCAAGACUUAGAAAGAGAGGCAGAGAACCUAGAAGCGAAUUACCGGAGAUUUCAGACACGCAUAAUUGAUGCAGAUGGACUUGAUGCCCAAGCUCAGUAUGCAAGCAAGAACAGAGACACCUUUAGGUCCAUUAUGGCAACACAUACACCUGUUUCAAGUCCUCCUCGCCAGACACUGACCCAGCAUUCUCCAAUUAGAUCUACAUAUCACUCUCCAAGCAGAACUCCUUGGGCAAGUGCAGGAAGACCUUUGUCUUCUACACCAUAUAAAGAACGAAGAAAGAUAGAUGUUGAGUUACAUAGUCCACCAACAUUGGACCCUCAGCUGGAAACACAUGCUACAAACCUGCCAUCUUUUGGCCUGUCCGCACUCACCAAUGUAUCCUCGCCUGAAAAUAGGGACAUUAGGGAAAGGCCACAAUUUGGUGAUUUCCCAAAAGAUAGAAAACAAUCUGAUGAUGGACAGAGGACCGAAUCAGAUGAUUUCACCAAGCAGUGGGAACAACCUGAUUUUAGAGGAGGGGAGGAUAAACAGCCUGGUGAUAUAGCACUGAGUGACUUAGAUGCAAGGCCAGGUUCUCCCAGUGUGAUGGUAGUCCAUGUAGCCGGUAGUCAACAUUCAGAUGAACUCGAUAAUCAAGCUGUUAAAGGGGAAGGAGAUAGAAGAAGUGGUAUUCUUGGUGAUCACCAGCCCAUCAAUCUACAGGGUGAACCUGCAGAGCCAGAUGAUAAACAAGGACAAGCUUCAAAGAAAUCUGAUGAAUUUUUUGAUUCCAUCGAACAAAACAAACAAAAAGAACAAGAGGAAAAACGUAGACAGGAAGAGGAGGAUCGGAGAUGGGAGGAAGAGAGGAGACAGCGCCAGGAAGAGAGGAGAAAAAGAGAUGAGGAGGAAAGACUUAGACAAGAGAGGGAGCUUGCUGAGUUGCAGAAAAAAGAGGAGUCUAAAGAAACAGUACCAGUAACAACAACAGAGAACAAAGUUGAACAAGAGAAAGAUGGAAAAGAUAUUAAGAAAGAUGAAGAAGCUGUGGGGAUGGAGGAGUCAGGUAUUGAUCCAGUUAUGCAGAAAUACAUGCAGAUGGUCCAGCAACAGAAAACGCAGGAGAAAAAGGUUGCCACCAAAGCAGUUGGCUUAUGGAAACAAAAUAGCAAGGAGAGAAUGAGCCCUCCUACAUCUGAUCAUGAUAUCUCACUUGUGAGUGAGCCCAAGAGUAUUGGAGGUGGUUCUGAUGAUGACUUUGAAUGGUAACUAUGACAAUGGUAACCAUGGCAAUGGUAACCAUAGUUAGUAGUGAGAUACCAUACAAACAAUGUGCCAAACAGAUGCUACCUCUAGGCUUCAGAUGAUGACAUUGAUGGGAAUUAUUCAGCAUCAGUUGAAAAAUUGGACCUUAGAAAGACUUACUUGUGAAUUUUCGAAACUCAAGUCAGACAAUUAAAGCCAUGAGUGGAGCAAUACUAGCAAGGCUGCCUCUUCAAAAUUCAAUUUUUCAGACAUUUUUUAAUUAACACCGUGAAAAUGACAUAAUAUUAUGAUGGCAUUAUUUCCCCUUUCAUACAAAUUAGCCUCACCAAUUUAAAUUUGCCUCACCACUUUUUCAUUUUUGGAAACAACAGCUAGAAAAAAGUCUAAAUCAUUCAAAGGACUGUUAUUGUCAUUGGGAUCUGGGACACAACGGGGUAAAAUUGCUUCAUUAUGAAUUUUUGGACAUUUCACAGAUACAAAAUCCUCAAUAACAACAAUGGACCAUUUUUUCCUUGCUGGCUUCAUCUGAGAAAGAAUGGAAUAUUGCUACAGAUGAAAAAAUAAACUGUAAAUAACAUUGUCAUAGACUUAUAUAGAUUUUAAAGUUUUAGGCUCUACAUAUCAACACAAUAAAAAGAUAAACUGUUCUUAUCUAUGUAGUUUUGGGCUUCUGCAUAUACAUAUAUUUUGUAUUAUCGUCUGAUCUGUAAAAUGAAGCCUUCUGAUUGGUCAGUUCUUG